AUGUUCAACUAUGGAAAAUGUUCAAAUGAUGAAAUUAUUGAAAUGUACAACUAUUUAACAACAGUAACCACUGUGACAACAGCUCAUUUAGUUGAACUACUAAAACAAAUUAUUGAUGAAAAAAAGACAAAAGAACUUGGUAAAUUUUUUAUAAAUGAAAUUGAUUCAGUAUCAUUUUCAAAAAUUGAAAUUUUAGAUUUAUUAGAUAAAAUUUUAAACUACAACGAUUUAGAAAUGAUAAAAUACCUUUUAAAUAAAUUAAGUUUACAAGAUCAAUGUAAUAGUAGUAAUAAUGACCAAUUUAUAGAGAUUUAUGGAUAUAAAAUUAAAAAAAGCAACAUUGAAAAUUAUUUAUCAAUUAGAGCAAAUAGUUUAUUUAAUUCAACUUUAGAUGAUUUAGUUAUUCAAAUUUUGAGAUAUUCACCAAGAGACUAUAUGGUCCAAAAAUUUUUAAUUAGAACACCAAAAAUAGCAGAAUUUUUAAUUAAUAAUAGCGACAUCGGAACCAACAAAAACUCCAAAUUCAGGUUUGGUAAAAUGAUGUUUUGUGCCAACUGCCUAGAGGAUGACUUAUCGAAUAAAGAACUUUUUGAAAACAAACCAGUCGAAUGGAGGAUCAACAAUAUUUCGAAUAUAGAAAAGUUUGAAUACUUGAAGAGUUGGAACCUAAUUUUUAGUGAUGCAUAUUUAACAAAUGCCUUUAAUGGAGAUUUAAAAUUUUUAAUCAACUAUUACAAACAUAUAAAUUUAACACCAACAUCAUCAGUAUUAGAAAGUGCUGCAUCUUUAGGUUAUUAUGAUAUGGUAUAUUAUAUUUUAAUAUCAUAUCCCUCUGACAAAUGGGACAUAUGUAGUUUGUUUACAGUUUUAAAACAUUGCCUACAACAAAAAGAAAUCGUUCAACUCAUAAGAAAAAUCGCCUUCAAUUCAAAUACUAACUUAUUCCAAACAACAAUGGAAAAAUUCUUUUUUGUGUCCAAUUAUGAAGAAAGAAAAAUAUUAUUUGGUGAACUAGAGAAAAUCCCAAAUCUAAUAAAAAAAUUUAUUAAUGUUGUUGCCAGAGAUCCAUUUGCCCCAAAUGUAGACGGAUUUCUCCAUCUUGGAUUUAACCCUGGUAAAGAAGUCUUCCAAAUGCAACGAAGUAUAAAAUUUAUGGAUAGCCUUAUAUCAAACAACCUUUUUAAAGAACUAGACCUCUUUAUUCAAGAAAAUAGAAUUAUGUUCAAAAAAGGAUGGAAUGGAGUGAUCAGUUUAAUGGUUGCAAAGUCUCAGAUCAAAAUGUUGUUAUUUUUAAUCGAAAAAAGAGUUAUUACAACUGCAAACAUCAACCAUUUAAUUAAAAUUGGAGUCGAAAACAAUUUACCAUUAAUCAUCGAUUUAGUUUUAAUGAUUGGUCCCUUCAAAAACAAUGGCUUUAAAAAUCUAUACAACUUGUCAAAUAUAUCUUUAUCAAGCUAUUUAAAUGAAGCCCAUUAUUUAAUUUUUUAUUACACUAUCAAAAGAGGCGAAUUAUUAAAAAAUCAUUAUGCAAACAAGGAAAAGCUAUUAAGAGACUCUAUGUUAAUAAUUAAAUACUUGGUUGAAAUCAAUUACCAGUACCAUAAUCAGCAUUCAGAUAAUUUUAGCUUUAUUCCUGAUACCAAAGAACAACUAAUUAUUAAAUAUUCAAAUUUAGAACCGAUUGUAAAAACCUAUAUAAAAAAUGUAGGAUUAUUAAACUCAAGCUCUGUUUUUUUCAUAAAUAAAAACAUGCCAAAUAACAAUAUCAUUCAAUUGGUGGAUACCGACAAUAUAGAUCCGCUUAACCAUAGUAAUAAUAUUUUCAAAUUAAACUUUGAUAGUUUAUAA